AAAAGCACUGACACUUUAUUCAAUGCAUAUUGAAAACUUCCACAUUUAAGACUAAAUAUAAGAAUAAAUAAGAAGUGUGUGUUUUAUUGUGGCGUAGUGUAAUGUCAAAGUGCGUAACGAUUCUUACUCGCGCAGUCGGUGAAUUGGGAAGAAAAUGAUUAGUAAGAGUGGUAUUUCCUUUUUUUCCCUCUCUCUCUCUCUUUAGUUGCAUGCUCAAGUCCCAUUCCCUGGUCAACUUCAGUGCGUUGUCCUCCAGACCGGACGGACGGUUCUUAUUGGUAGGUUGCGACAGUUACAUCACGCCGUUCAUGACGUGCACGUCUUCCUGUUUCCUUCAGCCGCGUCUUAAAGUGAAUCUUAGUGGCGGAGGAGCGCUCCAGCAUCCAGUCCUCUGCAUCCAGUGCGCCUCGGAGACGCACACACACAGCGUCUCUCUCUCUCUCUCGCUCUCUCUCUCGCACUCUCUCUAUGUCUCUCACUCUUUUAGUUACAGCAGAGGAUAGAGGGAGAGACCGACGCACAAGAGCUCUUUUCAUCUUCUAUAUUUUCCUAUGUUGUUGCUUUUCCUCGCGUGGCUGACUUUAUUCCAGCUCUCCCUUCUCUGAGAAAUUGUUAUCCCAGUAUCCAGCAAUCUGCCGUGCUCCGCGUAUAUUCUCUCUUUUUUUGGCCGUAGGAGUUCAGGUUGUCCCCCUCUUCAUCUAAAGGGUACUCAGAGGCUUUGAUCCUAGAGGACUGGCUUUGUGGGAUAUGGCCCAAUAGCAGCAACCCGUGAUGCCGGACCAUGACAGCGACUCCCUCCUGAACAGACAGACCAAGCGAAGACGUGUGGACAUUGGUGUUAAGAGAACCGUGGGCAGCACAGCCUCCUCCACAGCAACAACAACCACUGAUAACAUUGCCCGCGCCAAAGCAGCCAUUUUCAGUGCCAUGAACUCUCUGAGCUCCCACUCUCACCACGGAUCAGACACCGACUCCAUGGAGUGCUCUGUAGUGCAGCCACAUGGUGGGCCUGGCGUUGUAUCAGCUAGCGACAGUGAGUCCAAGUCCAAUGUACUCCGAAAGCUACUGAAGCGAGCCAACUCAUACGAGGACACCAUGAUGCCCUUCCCUGGCACCACCAUUAUCUCCCAGCUUCUCAAGAAUAACAUGGCUAAAAAUGGAGGAGGACCCGAAAGGGGAGAAAGAGGGGACAGAGGUGAGAGAGGGGAUGUCGGCUUUCCCGGCUCAGGGCUCUCCAAUGCAAGUUCAGAUGCUCCCCAGGAGGACGCCUGCAGUAACUCCUCCCAAGACAGCACCCCUCAGGAAUGCUUGUCACCAUUCGGCCGUCCUCCUGGCCUGGGCGCCUUUGACAUUGAACGUCUCAAUGAUGAACACCUGCGUGCCAAGCGAGCCCGUGUAGAGAACAUUAUUCGUGGUAUGAGCCACUCACCCAGUGUGGUCGUCCCUGUUUCCCGCCAUGAGCGUGACCAUGAGAUGGAUGGGGAACGGGAAAUGGAGCUAGACUGCCCACCUCCUCAGUCUCAGCAGCAGGCCCCCAGCAGCCCACGGGGAGGUGAGGUGUGCAGCAGUAGCAGCCGAGAGAACAAGCGUAAGCAGCGUCUGCCCCAGCAGCAACAGCAGAGCUUCACCCAGCUGGUGUGCCAGAGGAAGGAACAGAAGCAGGAGGAGCGACGGCAACUGAAGCUGCAGCUGGAGGACAUGCAGAAGCAGCUACGCCAGCUGCAGGAGAAGUUCUUUCAGAUCUAUGACUCAACUGACGACUCAGAACACAAUGACCUCCACAAUGACCUCCAUAAUGACAUCGGAAAUAUGUCAGAGGACAGCCCAGCCAGGUCCGACACCGGUGGCGAUGACCGGGGUGGAGAUGACUUGCGCUCUGACAAUGAGAUGUCUGACCUGGACCCGGGCCAUUUCCUUGACAGGGCACGGGCAUUGCUUCAGGAGCAGGCUCUGCUGGCGGAUGGAGAGAAGCCAAGAAGAGAAGGGCUCGGACGGAGCAAAGGACAGGGUGGUCCAGGCUCCUCUAUGCAUGCUGAAGGUAAACAGCUGGCAGAAACACUGAAGCAGGAACUCAAUUCAGCCAUGACCCAGGUUGUGGACACAGUGGUGAAGGUGUUUGCCAAGCCUCCACGUCCCACACCCCAGCAAGCCUUCCCACCACUUUCCAUACCUACAGAAAGGUUUCCCACCGCUGUCAAUGGAGACAACCCCAACUUCCACACCGCCAACCAGAGGCUGCAGUGCUUCGGUGAUGUCAUCAUUCCCAAUCCACUAGACUCCUUUGCUGGCAUGCCCGGGAUGCCAGGCUCCGCCAAUGACCAAACCGAGGCACUGCCCUUAGUUGUGAGAAAGACGCCCAGUGAGCACCACCACCACCAGUCCUCAGCUGUGGGUGCCCAUGGUGGUCACCAUCAUCCCUCCCUUCAUCCCUCCUCGCUCUCUGCCUCUAUGGGUUUCAGCCCCCCUUCCUUUAGACACCCCUUUCCCCUGCCUCUUGUGGGUUACCCUUUCCAGAGUCCCCUGGGUGGACCCACAGGUGGCUACCCAGGCAAGGACCGUUCCUCACCAGACUCCAUGGACCUGUCCAGGGAGACCACCAGCCUGAGGACCAAGAUGGCAUCAGGUCACCACCUGGUGCACCACCAUCGCUCUUGUUCACCAGCACACCCUGGCAGCACGGCCGAGGGACUCUCCCUGUCCCUUAUCAAGUCUGAGUGCAGCGAUCUCCAGGACAUGGCUGACAUCUCACCCUACUCAGGCAGCAAUAUACAGGAAGGUCUAUCCCCGAACCAUCUGAAGAAGGCUAAGCUCAUGUUUUUCUACACCCGCUAUCCGAGCUCUAAUAUGCUGAAGAUGUUCUUCUCUGAUGUCAAGUUUAACCGCUGCAUAACCUCCCAGCUGAUCAAAUGGUUCAGCAACUUCAGGGAGUUCUACUACAUCCAGAUGGAGAAGUUUGCCCGCCAGUCCAUCAACGACGGCACCACUGGAGCCGAGGAGCUGACUGUCAGCCGCGACUGCGAGCUCUUCCGAGCCCUCAACAUGCACUACAACAAGGCCAAUGACUUUGAGGUCCCUAAUCGCUUCCUGGAGGUGGCUGAGAUCACACUGAGAGAGUUCUUCAAUGCCAUUGUGGCCGGCAAAGACGUCGACCCGUCCUGGAAGAAGGCCAUCUAUAAGGUCAUCUGCAAACUGGACAGUGAGGUCCCUGAGAUCUUCAAGUCCCCCAACUGUCUCCAAGAGCUUCUACACGAGUAAAUCGAUUUCUCCUCCUCCUCCUCCUCGCUCAACGCUUUGCGCUUUUUUCCCUCUGGUUUCAUAGAAUUUCAGAAUGAUAUUCUCUUUGUUUUAUUUUUCCCUUUCCCCACUCUACUUUUGAUUUCCUGUUUUUUAAUUUUUUUUUAAUUUUUUGAAUGUAUGAAAGUUAUGAAGUAGCAUUCCCAAUCUGAAGCCUCUGUGGCAGUUCCUAAAUGACCUAGCUAUUGUGUUGUUGUUCUUAUAUGAUAAUUAUCAUGAUGGUUAUUAUUUGUUUUGUUUUUCUAUGAUUCUGCUGAACUGAAGAGACUCUAAUCUUAUUGGGUGUUUUUUGGACCGUGUGAACCCUCAUCCGUUUGGCCUGUUGUAUGAUCAACACUAACUAGGUCCUCAGUGUGUGGAAGGAGUUUCUGAAUUACACUACUAAGAACAUAAGCUGGGUUCCUUAUAAACUUCACUCGUGACACCCAGGGGUAUCCCUGCAAUCCAGUGGGUCUCCCACACAAUGAACUGUCCCUGCAAAGUGGGUGCCCAAUAGACUGUGCUACUGAAGAUGUUCCGAACAGGACAGUCACACACACACAUACACACACACGGCCUAGUGAGGUUAUUUACUGGACUAAGACUGGGCUCGUGGUACUGGUCUGUACUGGUCUGUUGGACUUGGACUGGUUUCAAAUAGCUACUGAGCUCUACCAUGUUUUGAAGUGUGUUUUCCCUGCAAGUAGGGCAUUGUGUUUAUUGGGUGUACAUUAUUAUUUUGAUGAUCAUUAUUAUUGUUGUUUAUGAUUAUUAUUAUUUGUCAUCACUGCUUGCUGAAGAUUGGCACUUCGAGAUUUGUUUGUCCCUUGAUGCCGUUGCAGAAAAAAUAAAUUAUUGCUAUUAAUAUUAUUCCAAAAGAGUUUAGAUUCUGAAAUAUUUUGCCCACAUUUCCUCUUUCCUCCAUACUCUGUUUCUGUUUAUUUGUCACUGAAGUGAACUUUGGAUCUAUUUUCUUUGUUUUGUUUUGUUAUUUUUGGGGGGUUUUUUUGGUGGUCGGGGUCUGGGGCAGCAUGCCUGGAAAGUGUUUCGAUUUGGGGGUUUUGAAAGUGGGCUUCUCCAUUCGCUUGUAGUGACAAGCCUGCGCUGCAUAGGACCAGUCUGACAACGCUAGAAAUGAAAGUUAGGAUGCAGAAACACAUGAAGUAAACGGUGCAGAAGUGUGGCCUUUUAGUGUGUCACUUGCUGUCUUUUUAAUGGCUAAAUUUCUGUAGCCACUCCAGCUUUGGCAAGUAAACUGCUGCCACCGAAAGAGUCAUUUGUUCAGCUGUCAACAAAAUGUAUUCAUCUACUUAUCUGUUCAGGAGUGGUGAACAUACACGAUAAUAACUGCAGAGUUUUUUUGUCUUUUGUAUAAUAGCACUAUUUUGACUAAAAAGCUCAUGUGUGAGAUGCAGUCAGCCUGUUGAUAUGGCAGGCUUUCAUUAACCUAUACAAGGUGUAAAUUACAUUAUGAAGUUAUUUCAAUAGCAGUUGAUACUUGAAUAUAUCACAAUACUGUGGCAAUCUAAAGUACAGUGUCGCUGAAACAAUAGAUAAUUGAAUACAUAUGAACAGAAGCAUCAUAGAGAGGAAGAUAAUUCAAGGAGGGCAAAGAGAGGUGAAUAAUAGCUGAAACACAGGCAUUCAUUAAUUUUGCUUCAAGUGGAAUUUCCCCCACAAACAACACACACACACACACACACACACACACACACACACACACACACACACACACACACACACACACACACACACACACACACACACACUGCUUCUUCCCUCCACGUUCACCUGCCUUUGAGUGAUCUAGCUCCUCUCUCAAUGCAACAAUAUAAGGUCGAAGGUGAGCACUCACCCCAGGGGUAGAUGGAGAAGCUCUCAGCACUACAAAGAGCGGGGACAAAGGCACAGCGCGAGGAGCAACAUGCACCUGAAACCCUCCGCUCUGUCCCUCCGUCCCACACUGGCAGCUUUUUAAGACCCAAAGUGUGAUUCUGUUUGAGCAAUGUCAAAAAAAAAAAAAAAAACGCCAUUCCUUUCACUUCUACCUGAGAUUCUAAUACCAGAUUUUCCACUUGAGUUGUACGUGUAUAUCUAUAAUUUUAUGACUUACAUCCGCCCUCUCAGGCUUUUAAGAAUUUUUAUAAGCAAUUAGUCUUAGCUGCCCUUUUGACGAGGUAAGUUUGAUGCGAUGAGAGGAGCAGAAUACUUUCUGGAGUGCGUGCGAGCUGGCUGUUGAUCUCACCUUGGCGACAUUGGCUUAUAGUGUGUCUGUGUGUCACAAAAGAUCCAAGGGGCAGGUUGCUUAACCUGCUGAUGUGUCUAAGCGAGACAAAGCGCCUGACAAAAGGAGACAGCGAAAGACAGAGAGCUACUCCCUUCAUUAUCCCCCCCUUCUCCUCCUCUUCCUCCCUAUGGACAGUGUUCUUCUUAAGAUCCGGAGCCCUGAGAGAGCGAGCCGGACACCUUUCUCACUGAAGGAUGGGCUAGGCCCUGCAUGUCUCAGAGUCUCAAAGCACCAGCCAAGGGCUCUAAAGCGCCACAAACAAAGGAGAAAGGAAAGGACACUUUUAUCUGAUGCACAGAUUAUUAUCGCUCCACACCCUCCCCCUUCCUGCAGCCCCGCCCUGAAGUUAAAGAGUUCCUGCGCCUAAAAAGAUUAAUUCAGGAUAAUGAAGACUUAUGUGCAAAAAAGGAUUAGAAAGACCUUAAUACCGCGUUGAAAAUAUUUUUGUCAAGUUUUCCUUUUCUGGGGUCGUUUGAUUUUUAGCAUAAUAUUAUUAAAAUACAUAUAUAGUCUUUUUUAAGAAUUGUAAAAUAUAAAUCUAUUGGAAAAAUAUAUACUGUAGUGGAAGUUCUUUGGAAGGCACUGUUAGAAAUUCUUUCAUAAAAGAAAUCUUGAGGGUAUUUUUAGUGACGGCUUUGUUUAAAUCUGUAUUCUGAAUAAGUGAGUUGUUGGUAGAUUAGGAGCAAUAGUUGUAGGUUUUUUGCAGGUUUUGUGACCAGUUUUUCUUUUGGUUUCUUUACCUUUUUGUAUAUUGUGCUGAAUGGCUGUCUUCUCCUUGAGAUCAGAAAAAUAAACUUGGAAUCUGUUUUCAGAGUAUGAACUAUUGUUGUUGCUACUGUAAAUACUGUCAGGAUGAAACAAAGAAUAGCUGUACAGUUUUUUUCUAUUAUCACUCAGAGUGCUAUGGGGGUGAGAGUGGUUAAAAAAAGAAGGAUGAAAACAACAAAAAAGAGAGAUGACCCAUUCUCUCCAACUGGACUCAUAACCACUCUUCCAAAAAACCCACAGAGUUUUUUGUUUUUUUUUGUUUUUUUCCCUGCCAUGCCUUUAACGGGGGUCUGUUUCCCGUCGGCAGUGCCCUUGAAGUUGCACCAGCAUCCGUUUCUUUAAUUUUUGCUGACAGAACGAUGCUUCAUAGGCUAGCGGUCGGGUAAUGAUGAUGUCACGGAGUGGCCCGUUGGCAGUCUGCGGACCCGGCCUCGUCCAAAAAAACAAGGGCAGACGCCGCCGACGCAGCUCUAGAUUUGACCCAGGAGAGAGACAGGAACUCAUUGUCAUCAGAAGACUAGUGUCAUGGAGGGGACACAUGUUGUAUAGUAACAAUUAAAAAAAAAAAAAAGACAGAGAGAGAGGGACUGCAGAUAGAAAAAACAAUUUAUACAAUUU